UCUGCAAGGUAGAAUUUGAGUAGCAGGUUUAUGAAAUUAAAAUUUGAAAUGAAAUGAUUAUAAUGUAAAAGAAAGUAUCAAUAUCUAUGAAACCAAAUAAGUGCACUAUGAGAAUUCAUGAUGGAUCUAAGGAUACUAAUUUGGCAUCAUAAAUAUUGAUGAUCUUUUUAUAUAAAGUUGGUAAAACAUAAGGUAGUUUGACUUAGAACAACAUAAGUAGUCUUGUAUAGACACCAGCGGCAAUGGGAGAGAUUUCCUUUCUAGCAUCUUUGAAAUUAAAUACUUAGCAGCCCUUAUUUUAUAUCGGUGUAUACACUUUCCACGUGUAACUCAUUUGCGGUCAGUUCAAACUUAAUUCCUAUUUGAUCAUAAAUAUAAGCCGUGUCGGGCAUUGGCUUAGUCUGCAAGAUAGAAUUUGGCUAGCAAUUUUUAUGGAAGUAAUAUUCAAAAUAAGCAAAUUACAUAUAAAUAAAUCUAUUAACAUCACUCUUGAUUGCGCUUUUCACACUGGUGCUGUCAAACUGCAGCAAUGCAGCCGGCUGCCAGUCCAGGUCAAGGCGGGCGCGUCUAUAUAAGUGCAUGCAUUGUUGCCCUUUAUCCAAGCACACUGCAUCUUGAGAUCAAGUAGAGCACAAACACAGGCAUGGCCUAUGUCACAUGGAAUGUGGCACGGUGCCAAGUUCCUCAUCCCGAGAAUAACAUUUCCGGAACAGGAAUGCAGAAACAUUUUCACCCCCACCUUGCAAAACCCUUUUUCAGGUACCGCACCACAUUUCCGUUCCACAUUUCUCGAUCCAAUCGACCCGGAAACUUGGUGAGUAUGGGCAUGGCAUCUUGUAAUGCUAAUGUUCCAGAGACAGAGAGGGCAUCUAAUUUUCACCGUACAGUAUGGGGUGACUUCUUCAUCAACCACAGCCCAGAACCAUUACAGAAGUCAGAGGAAUGGAUGACUGAGAAGGCGAACCAACUAAAAAAGAAAAUAAGUGAGCUUUUUGAAGCUUGCACAACUCCAGUGGAGCAACUUGAGCUAGUGGACACACUCCAACAUUUAAGUAUAGACCAUCAUUUCAAAAAACAGAUUCACGACAUCUUAAGUAGCAUCCAUGAUACUGAAUUCAACAGCACUUGUCUCCAUGAGGUUGCCCUUCGGUUCCGCCUACUGAGGCAGCAAGGGUUUUGGGUAUCUCCAGAUGAAUUCUACAGGUUCAAAGAUGAAAAUGGGAACUUUAUUGUUGAAAUAACUAAUGAUGCAAGAGGACUACUAAGUUUAUACAAUGCAGCUUACCUUUUCACACAUGGAGAGCCAGAACUAGAAGAGGCUAUCUUAUUUGCGAGGCAACAUCUUGAAUCGAUGAGAAACAAGCUUGAAUACCCAUUGGCCCAGCAAGUGAACCGAGCCCUUCACCUACCACUGUCACGGACCUUAAGAAGAGUUGAGGCUCUAAAUUAUAUCUCAGAGUACAAAGGAGAGCCGACACAUAACUCAUCCAUUCUGGAGUUUGCCAAGCUGGAUUUUGUCCUUCUGCAACGUCUCCACUUGAAGGAGCUCAAGGCUCUUUCUAGAUGGUGGAAAGAUCUUUACAACGAAGAGGGGCUGGCCUACUCAAGGGACCGUGUGGUUGAGUGCUACCUGUGGUCCUAUACAGCAUACUAUGAGAAAGAAUAUUCAAGGGCAAGGAUGAUCCUUGCCAAGAUAAUCGCUAUAAUAAUCCUGGCAGACGAUACUUACGAUGUCCGUGCUACUUUGGAGGAGUGUCGGAAAUUCAAUGAAGCUAUACAAAGAUGGGAAGAGAGUGCUAUUACUCUUCUACCAGAUUACCUGAAGAAGCUCUAUCUCAAGCUGACGAACAUCUUUAAGGAGUUUGAGGAUGAGUUGGAACCAAAUGAGAAGUAUAGAGUUGCUUUUAUUAGAAAAGCGUUUCAAGUGUUAUCAAGUAACUAUCUUCAAGAAGCCGAAUGGUGCCAUAGUGGUUACAAGCCAAGAUUUAAAGAUCAGGUGAAGGUAUCUACUGUGUGCUCAGGUGCUCCAUUUGCUGCUGUUGGGUUACUUGUUGGCAUGGGAGAUGAUGUUGCAACCAAGGAGGCACUUGAGUGGGCAACCAGUUGCACCGAUGCUGUCAAGGCUUUCGCAGACGUGACACGCUUCAUGAACGACCUUUGUUCAUUUAAGCGUGGAAAGAACAAAAAUGAUGUGGACAGCUCAGUCGAAUGCUACAUAAGUGAGCAUGGCGUCACGGCCGACGUCGCCUGUGCAAAGAUUGAUUCCCUGGUUGAAGAUGCUUGGAAGACUGCAAACAGAGCACGCAUCGAGCACAAUGAACUGCUUCCAGCGGUGCAACGAGUUGUCAACAUAACCACCAGCAUGCCAUUGAUGUACGGUGAUAAGAAGGAUGCAUUCACAUUCAGUGAUGGGCUCAAGGGGGUCAUCAAGCACCUGUUCCUCGAGCCUGUCCUCCUCUAGACUAGCCUUUUGUUAAUUCCAUUCACAGCCUGAACAACCAGCCGCGUACCCCACGCGAGUAAAAGAUGUAUCAUCGGAACACAAACAAUCUGCUCGAUCUACUUGCACUUGAUUAAUACUUGGGUGAAUAUGUACUAGUAAGCAUCUAUGUAAGUAGUUUAUCUUAUGAAUGUUAGUAUGUUACAAAAAAAGUAUUGCAGGAAUACAGCUUACGGACUUAUCCGUGUGAUUAAAUUA